UUCUGCCGGAAGUCCAUGCACACCGAAAACGCGGCGUUUUGGGACGUGGAGCGUAUAAAAGAGCUUUUAGGGUUUCCCUCAGCUUUCCUGACAAGAGCGGAAGCGAUCGAACUGCGCGGUGAGCUCAAGGAUUUUCCGCCCGAGGAAGAGAAGAUGGGUCACUCCAACGUGUGGAGCUCUCAUCCCAAGAACUACGGCCCUGGUUCUCGUGCCUGCCGGGUAUGUGGAAACCCUCAUGGUUUGAUCCGGAAGUAUGGACUGAUGUGCUGUAGGCAGUGCUUCCGCAGCAACGCUAAGGAAAUUGGCUUCAUCAAGUACCGCUGAUUAAUGGGGGGGUCAUGUUAGCGGCACUUGGAGGAGAUUAUGCUAAAAGUUUUGUCUGGAUGUGUAAUGGCGAACUUCUUUGAUUUUCAUGCUCCAAGUUAGGUGUUUCUGAGAAUUCAUUUGGAUAUGUUUUGUUGGCUGUUGCCCUUUGAACGCUGUUCUGCCCUGGUCUAGGCGAGGGGUGCAUCAACACGGUUUAUUUGACCAAAAACGAAAUCAGCACGAGUACCUCUCGAGAGAUUUAAGAUAAUUGGCUCGGUUAUGCUAG